GGCGGCGCGAUGUGGCCCGAGGGCGCGGACGAGCGGCGGGCGCCCGAGCAGCCCCGCGACCGCCCCCGGAGCCCCGCGCGCGCCGCCCUCGAGCGCGAGCACGUGCGCGCGCACCUGCGGGCCCGCCUGAAGCUGCUGGAGGUGGGGAUCCUGCUGGACCGGCUGCAGAGCGAGGUGGACUCGGUGGAGGGCGCCGUGGGUCAGGGCCGCUGCGGGAGCGGCGAGGCGGAGGAGCGGGUGCUGAAGCUGUACGAGAAGGCGGAGAGGAAGGCCGCCGAGGUGGCGCGGAUGGGGCGGAGGAUCGUGGAGCUCCACGGCCAGAUCGACAGCUGCGGCUUCUCCUGAAGGACGCGGGCGCGGGUUCACCAUCAGACUCUGGUUGACCGGUCCGCUGACGCCCUGGAAAAGCUGAAACCCGAGAACCUGUUGUUCUCACUUCUUUGUUUUUGUGUAGACGUCGUUUCUACGUAUACUGUUAAAUCCGCAUGUUAGUCUGUGUGGUGACCACUGUGUGGUUAUAGAUUGCCAAAUGUAUUUAGUUCUGCGAAGAACUUUUACUGGGGAAAGGUUCUCAAAGCAGUUUGAGUCUAGAUUGUAAACUGAUGAGGUGGUCAUGUUUUUAUGCUUGGAAUUUCUCAAUGUUUUACAUUUUUCUGUUUCUGGGCAUUUGACUAUAUCUCAUGUGACCUAAUCACUGCUGGAAAGUCUGGGCCGAGGAAGACACCGUGUCGGUUGUCAAAGAGCGGAGUUGCUGAAGGAGUUGCGCCUGCUUCGCUGGAAAGUGCCACCAGAAAAGGGAUGGGAAGUGGUGGUGACAAGUUCAGAACUUGUCAUUUCUCUGUGACACCAACAAGGCUUCCCUCUGAAAUUAAGUCGCAGUAUUUGGCGCAUGUAACGUGAACUCUUGGGAGAGCUUGGACAACCCGGCAGAGUCUGAUUUGUGGUUGUGUUCUUACAUUUUGUUUGUGGUCUGGCUUAAGGUUCAGCUUCACGGAUAGCUCUCGGUAGUGCAUUUCCGGCUCUCUGAGGCCUGGAAAGAGGGAUGUGCCUUAAUGGUCCCAGGAAGGAGCUGUGGACUUAAACUGACCAGGGCCAGCACCAUUUCAUGGGCUGUUAAUUGUCUGGUUACGCUCAUUUGAAUAGCACACACACCCCCACCCCCCCCCCCCCCCCCCGUCGAUUUGAGGUUGAAACAACGUAUGUAAUAAGCAUCUGUAAGUUUGCCCAAAUAAACCAAAGCCCUGCAACUUUGCCAGGAAACAGAUAAUAAAAAACGUUUCU